GACAACCAAAACAUUAAAACCCACUUUCUCAAUUUAAUAAUUUAAACACAGAAAAUUAAUUUUAAACUUGAGAAAAGGAAACUAGUCUGGUUUAAGAAAUUCUUUGAAUUUCAAUGGGUUACUUCGUGGAAGUUUCAUCUUCAUCUCCCUCCAUCUGCGACGACUAUUUCUCUUAAAUCUUGAAACUUCAGCUGAGAAGUAUAGCUGUUCUUAGCUGAUUCCAAUAAAACAACACAACCAACUAAUAUAAAAGACAGGAACUUUCAUUUUUCUUUCCUUUUCUGCUCUCAUUUUCAACUUCUUCAAGCUGGGUACUAUUUGUUUUUCAAGGAAGAAUCUCAGAAACAUUCAAAUUGAAGCACCCAUCAAAUUUAUUAACUACUUCAGCUGUUUUUGUAGAGAUGGAACCAGUUGAUGGAAAGUUGGACCUUGAAUUUGGAGAGGACAUUCCACUUAGCUCAACCAUAUCCAGUAGAAAGGGGGUGCAUCCUCUAGUUUUUGAAACAUCUUCAGCAAUGCAAAGAGAAGUUCCAGAUUCACAGUUAAUAAAGAAGCUGCGUAUCAGCCCUUUUAGCAGUAUAUACACAGUCUUAAUAAAAGCUAAAAUAAAUGUGCUACUACCAUUUGGCCCUUUGGCCAUAUUGCUCCACUACUUGACUCACAAACAUGGAUGGAUCUUCUUUCUAAGCUUAUUGGGAAUCACCCCUUUGGCAGAGCGCUUGGGUUAUGCAACAGAGCAGCUUGCAUUCUAUACAGGCCCUACAGUGGGAGGUUUGUUAAAUGCCACAUUUGGCAAUGCUACAGAGAUGAUAAUUUCGAUCUAUGCGCUGAAGAUGGGAAUGAUUAGAGUGGUUCAACAAUCUUUAUUGGGCUCUAUAUUGUCAAAUAUGCUCUUAGUUCUUGGAUGUGCCUUUUUCACUGGUGGUGUUGUUCAUCAUCCAAAAAUCCAGAGUUUCGACAAGUCUGCAGCCUUGAUGAACUCUGGCUUGUUGCUAAUGGCUGUGAUGGGUAUAACUUUUCCAGCUGUGCUCCAUUUUACACACACUGAGGUGCAUUUUGGCAAGUCAGAGCUCUCUCUUUCAAGAUUUAGUAGCGGCAUCAUGCUGGUGGCGUACGCAAGCUACCUGUUCUUUCAGCUAAGAAGUCAACAUAAUCUUUAUGAUCCUCUUGAUGGGGAAACGAGCAAUAAUAUUGUAGAAGAUUCUGAUGAUGAUGAAACUCCUGAGAUAACUUACUGGGAAGCAAUUGCGUGGCUUGCUAUAUUGACCUUAUGGGUAUCAGUACUAUCCGGAUAUCUUGUUGAUGCUUUACAGGGUGCCUCCGACUCAUGGAAUAUGCCCGUUGCUUUUAUUAGUGUGAUUCUACUUCCAAUUGUGGGGAAUGCUGCUGAGCAUGCUAGUGCAAUUAUGUUUGCCGUUAAGGAUAAGCUUGAUAUCACACUUGGGGUAGCAAUUGGCUCAUCUACACAAAUCUCAAUGUUUGUGAUUCCCUUUUGUGUGAUAGUUGGUUGGCUUAUGGGCCAGCCCAUGGAUCUGAACUUUCAACUUUUCGAGACUGCUACUCUAUUUGUGACAGUUCUGGUGGUUGCAUUUAUGCUUCAGGAAGGAACAUCAAAUUAUUUUAAAGGCUUGAUGCUUGUGCUGUGUUAUCUUAUUGUUGCGGCCAGCUUCUUUGUACAUAAUGAUGUUAAGGAAGAUUAAAACUUCAUUGCUAACCACCGAUCAUCGACAUUAUUGAACAUCUCACAUUGCCAGGGAAAAGAUGCCACAUUAAGUUCAGGCCUGUAACAUUAUGUCUUUUAUGGUGGGAUUUUCUCUUGGAUGCAAAUGAUCUGGGUGUCCCAAGUCACCUAUAAAAGGAAAAUGCUUCUACUGCUGUUUUCUGGUGGAAAAGCCAAUUUUGUUGUAAGAUGUCAUUUUCUUUGCGCUUAUGGGAUUGUCCAUAACUGGUCGUCCGCGGUCAAGUAGCUUUUCUUUUAUUGCCACAUUGGACGGCGUCUAGUUGUGGUGUUGUUUGAACCUGAACUAACCAAAUGCAAGCAUAUUUUUUUCUGGA